CAGCGUGUUUUUAAGGACAGCAUGCUGUUUGGAAUAGACGAGACAUUGAAUCAUCUUCCUCCGCUUGGCUUCGCUUUCAUUGGCUGAAUGUUAGCCCACCUCCAGAACCCCAACAGACUGUUCCGGUGAGGCCGGACUGACAGACUGUCCGGCGACGCUUCGGCCAUUGUGGCGGCUUUGGACGCACAGGAGCAGCGACGCGCACAUCGCGGAGGGAGAUGCUGUAGGAGCAGAGUGUGCCGAAUACAUCAGUCGGUCUUCUGAGUAGAGCCAUUGUAUGCCACCUUUUCCCGUCUUUCUCCGGAUGGACGCCGGACCCGGCCACCCUCCCCCCUCCGUGGUGGCGGGCCCUUCCUCGUUGUGGCGGCUGGCCGAGAGGAGGAGCAGGAAGGCCGGCUCGGGGAACAUUUUCAGUGAUGUGAAUCUGUGGCAGCUCCAGAGACUCUUCAGAGCGGCCGGGGACCAGGAUGCGGAGCAGAGGGCCCAGCUGGUUUGGGGACACGGAGAUGAGGCUGAACUGGCUCAGGCCUUGAUAGGACUGAGGGCCCGAAGUCACAGGAGAGGGCUGAAGACGAAGGGGAGGGACGCACUGGGCUCACACUGGCUACGAGCCUUCAAUCACCUCAGGAUUGGGGAGAGCUCGCCUGGCGGCCAGGGAAAGGACCCUGCGGAGGAGUGUGACACUGAGGCAGGAGCACACAGCAGUCCAGAGCCACACCGGCACACUUCUGUAGGGAUGACAGGAAGAGAUACAGGGGCCACAGUGGGACUUUCUGAGAGACAGGGCCCUGCAGGGGCCUCUGAGAGACCAGUUAGAGCCAGCUCAGGACUGAGGAGAGGAGUCGAGAACAACCCAGAGAGAUAUCUCCACCGAAUACUCCACUGACUUUUAAUCUGAAACUCUGAGAGUCUCGCAGCAUUUGGCAGUCUGCACGGCUGGCUGAUCUCUCCUGAAUACUGCUGUGAUACUGGUGCGAGGUUCAAUCAACUCAACCAGUGCGACCAAUGGCUUCACAGCUACACCGGAAACUGUACUGCAGGUUGAAAGAAUAGUUUCUCAAAAUGCCAUCACGUCACAGCACUGAUCAGAUGGCGGUAUACUGCACUGCACUGACGCAUCUCCACCUGAAUAAUAAAGGCAGCGCAGACCUCUGACUGGCUCCUGGUAUCUCACAACUUUACAUAAUGGCUGCCUCUCAAGAACUGCCUUAAGCGUUUUCCUAAAGUCAUCCCACCACUGACACUAACCAUGCAUACUGAUUAUUAUGGACAGUGAUGUGACUUUUAAGUAGUUUUGUAGCUCAGAAAGUACUGUAGUAAUUGUGAUCACUUUUGAUUUAGAUUCACAAUGUGUUAUGUUGCUCUGUAAACACCUUAAGUGGGUUUGUUAAGUGUCAUUAGAUGUGACCAAACACACUCGUCACUGCACAGUCAGAGCCGUCGACUCAGACCCAAUGAUUCUGAGUCAACAUGUAACAGUUGCACCGUGAAUUGAAGCCAGUCACUGGUUUGUAGUAAUUGAAAGUGUCAGGUGGUUAACUCUGCCAAGAGACCAGAAAUAAUAAAUAAUAGCUGCAGGGCUGAACUCGUGAAGUAAAAGCCCCUCGCUGUGCGGGGAAAGACAAACUUGAAACAGUAAUGUUCUCAUCUUAAAAUGCUCGUGGCAUCAGUGUGAAAACCCGCUGUGCCUAUGAAAGACUGCGUGUCACCGAACUUAUCCGAGAGCUGGAAACUUGAUGAAGCUUUUUGGUACUGUUUUGAUGUGUGAUUUUUAGAUUUAUGGUAAUAAAGAAGUGACUCUUUG